AAAAAAGAGAGACAGAAACAUGGCAAUUGUGAAGCGACUCAUCUUCGCCAAUGGGAUUGCACCAGAGGCUCCUUCUAUUGGCGCUUUUCUCUUUCGGUCGUUUUUUUUAAAAAAAAAUGCAAAUGUCUAAUUACCCCUCGAGUUCGUUUUUCUCUGUUUCUCUCUGUCUUGGUCUACGAUUUGCGAAGCAAAAGUUCCCUUUUUUUAAAAAAAAAAAAAAAAAAAAAGGGCCAAAUGGAUCGAAAAAAACGUCACUUCUCGCCGUGAAGAGGACGCGUGGUGGGAUAUUCAGAGAAUCACUCCUCGCGCUUUAUGACACAUCACUUCAAUUACCAACAUACUUCGAGCUUCUAGCGAAUCUCGCCUCUGCUUCUUUCAAUGGUUUAUAUUCUUCUUUUUGUUCUUCUUCUUCUUCUUCAUAAUUUGCUAAUUUCGUGAUUGAAUCCUUAUUGUACGGCGUCGUUUCGUUUCUUUCCUUUUCCUGUUCGGAUUGAUUUCUUUCGAUUCUUUGAUCCCCGAGACGAAAGAAGCAGAGAAGCUCAUUGUCUAGGCAAACUUCUGCUCCAAUGCCGGAGUACAACGGUGCUGAAUAUGUUCCUUUAGGGGAGGGAUCUUCUCCCAAGUUAGAAAGAAUUCAUAAGGUAUCGGUUGUACCUCUUGUAUUCUUGAUCUUCUAUGAGGUCUCAGGAGGGCCAUUUGGGGUUGAGGACAGUGUCCAGGCUGCUGGUCCCCUUUUAGCCCUUCUUGGUUUUCUGGUUUUCGCGGUUAUAUGGAGCAUUCCUGAGGCCUUGAUCACUGCCGAGAUGGCGACGAUGUUCCCCGAAAACGGAGGAUAUGUAGUUUGGGUUUCAUCAGCUUUGGGGUCCUAUUGGGGCUUCCAACAAGGUUGGAUGAAAUGGCUAAGUGGGGUCAUUGACAAUGCUCUAUACCCAGUUCUUUUCUUGGACUAUCUCAAAUCAGCAAUUCCUGUGUUGGAGAGUGGUCUCUAUAGAAUAAUUGCAAUUCUGUUAUUGACUGCUGUUUUCACUUACUUGAACUAUAGGGGCUUGACCAUUGUGGGUUGGGUUGCUAUUUUGCUGGGGGUAUUUUCGCUUCUUCCUUUCGUAUUCAUGGGAUUCGUUGCGAUUCCCAAACUAAAGCCUUCGAGAUGGCUUGUGGUAGAUCUUCAGAAUGUGAACUGGGCAUUGUACUUGAACGUUUUGUUCUGGAAUCUAAACUACUGGGAUUCCAUUAGUACUCUGGCUGGUGAGGUAGAGAAUCCGAGUAGAACGCUUCCGAAAGCUCUCUUUUACGCUCUUAUCUUGGUUGUAUUGGGAUACAUUUUCCCCCUUCUGAUAGGAACAGGUGCUGUUCCAGUUCAUCGUGAACUGUGGUCCGAUGGUUAUUUCUCAGAGAUCGCGAAAAUGCUUGGUGGAGUGUGGUUAAGAUUUUGGGUCCAAGCAGCAUCCGCUUUGUCAAACAUGGGGAUGUUCGUAGCGGAGAUGAGUAGUGACGCGUAUCAGCUUCAGGGAAUGGCGUGCCGUGGGAUGCUUCCUGCAUUUUUCGGCAAGAAGUCUCGGCACGGGACUCCUCUCAUGGGAAUUCUAUUUUCUGCCUCCGGUGUGAUUUUACUCUCCUGGUUGAGUUUCCAGGAGAUAGUGGCUGCAGAGAACUAUUUGUACUGUUUUGGGAUGAUUAUGGAGUUCAUAGCAUUUGUGAAGUUGAGAAUGAAAUAUCCAGCUGCAUCUAGGCCUUAUAAGAUACCUGUAGGCACAGCUGGUGCAAUUUUGCUUUGUAUUCCUCCAACCCUUUUGAUACUCGUGGUUUUAGCUCUUGCUUCUUCAAAGGUCAUGGUGAUAAGCAUCUUGGCAGUGAUAAUUGGGCUAGUUAUGCAACCUUGUCUAAAGUACUCUGAGAAGAAGAGAUGGUUGAGGUUCUCCGUGGAGUCUGACCUUCCAGAUAUCCUUUCUGCAGAUCACCAGUGCAAUGAACCAUGA